AGGACACUUAACGAGUCGUUUGGAAGAGCACGAAUCGGCUGCAACUGGCUUUGCAAACGUCUCUCGGGUCCUACCUACACGCGCGUUUGUCGGUUUCGUCCUCGUUUUCGCCACUGAAAUCGGUCGAGAUCAACUGUCUGUGCUUUAGAGAGCCUCCGACCGCGCGGGUACGCGGAGAUUUCUUGGCACAUGGUGCUUCAAUCAGUGCGGUGCGUUGCUCGAACCCACCUUCUCUUUCUCAUCGCACGUCUUUGACACGGAAUCUGGAAAAGAGAAGUCUGUUCACCUGCGUUUCCACGUCUACUUCGUACAAUUGGAUAAACCGGCACGAUUACAAUACUUCACCGUGGACGCUAACACGGUAUGCGGUGGCGAAUCUUCAUUUUAGCCUGUCUCCUACUAAAGGGGCUGGCUCGAACGGAGGAUGUGGAGGUAGUGGAGGCAAUCCCGGGCGAGGAUAACCGAAACGAUAACUCAGCGCUGAAUCGACAAGACAACGACAUAAAUAGUUCGGACCAAUUGGCGUUAGAAUCGUUAGGCGAGAAGGAUGCCGGCGGUAAUCACUAUAAACCGGGUGGUCUUCGAGGCCAUCCCCUGCCGCUUCCGCCGAGUCGAGGUGGCCUGGGACUGCCGCAUCCGCGACCGCACCAUAACGUCGCAUAUCAUGGGCCACCGCCACCUUUACCGCCAUCCAAGACGUCAUCGGAGGCCAUUGACAAGAUCUACACAACGGGUGGUGGGAUUAGUACAGCGGUAGGUGCAGAACCCUGGCCGGCACCCACGCCAGAUAUGCCGAAGAUCAUUUCUUUAGACGUGAAAUGCGAGAAAAAUCUGAUGAAAGUUUAUCUCGGCUUUGACAAACCGUUCUACGGUAUAGUCUUCAGCAAAGGCCACUACAGUAACGUUAAUUGUGUGCACUUACCAGCAGGUUUAGGGCGCACAUCGGUUAACUUCGACAUUAGUAUUCACGCGUGUGGCACAGCUGGGAAUACAGAGAAUGGUUUAUAUGGGUACGGCGCUGAAUCCGGGUCAGGAACGUACUUUGAAAACAUUAUCGUGGUGCAAUACGAUCCUCAAGUUCAGGAAGUUUGGGAUCAGGCGCGUAAGCUACGGUGUACUUGGCACGACUUGUACGAGAAAUCUGUUACCUUCCGUCCGUUUCCCGUCGACAUGUUGGACGUGGUGCGGGCUGACUUCGCCGGUGAUAACGUUGGUUGUUGGAUGCAAAUACAGGUCGGAAAGGGCCCAUGGGCGUCGGAGGUCUCCGGUCUGGUAAAGAUCGGUCAAACGAUGACGAUGGUACUCGCGAUAAAAGACGACGAUUCCAAGUUCGAUAUGCUCGUGAGAAACUGCAUGGCUCACGAUGGCAAGCGAGCGCCGAUCCAGCUGGUCGACCAGAGAGGUUGCAUUACCAGGCCAAAGCUCAUGUCCCGGUUCACCAAGAUUAAGAACUUCGGCGCGUCCGCAUCGGUCCUUUCCUACGCUCAUUUUCAGGCAUUCAAGUUCCCGGACUCGAUGGAGGUGCAUUUCCAAUGCACCAUACAGAUAUGCAGAUACCAGUGUCCAGAGCAGUGCUCCGAGUCUCCUCUGCUGUUGGAGUCUCAGGGUCUCCUGGAGAACCAUCAUCAUCCUCCGUCCAAUGGGCAUCCCGAUUCCAGCUACGGUCUUCCGCCACCUAUCCCACUCCCCCUGGAAGCUUAUUUGCAGGCGGCUGCUGGUCGUCCUCGGGACGAAAGACGGAGAAAAUCUCGAGAGAUAAUGCCGGCGCCUCAGAAGGCUGUCGGCGUGAAUCGCAUAAUACGAGUAGUCUCUACAGGUGACUUUUCUAUCGACGAGUCCAACAAUGGCGAAUCUAGCGGGUCCACCAUGGUCUUUCCCGUACGUAACGAGAACACCGCGAACGCUGCUAUGAUUUGCAUGACCACUCCAGGUUUCGUCGUCACGCUCAUAGUGCUUCUUGCCGUCUUGCUCUUCUCCUGCAUACUUUCCAUCUACCUCUGUCUACACCUAAGACCGUUCUUAGGCAAAGCUAGGAAGGCUGCGACGUAUUAUAACGGAGAACAAAGCAUACCUAAAAAGUCGAUCAGGACGUACUUCUACUCCUAG